AUGGGUCAAGGUAUUAAAAACUUGAAGAAGCUGAAGAAGACCAACACCGAAGAGAAGAACACGCUGCCUUCCAAGGAGACCAUCGAACAGGAGAAAGAGUCGGCCAAGUCCUCCUAGAGAGAUGGAGCCUCCUCCCGGCAGAGUUCUCCUCUCCUUCCCCUUUUUUCUUCCUUUCUUGACCAAUUAACCCCCCCCCCCUUUUUUUUUUUUAAAUGCCAUGUUUCUUUGCAAAUGGAGAAAUGCUGCCACCUGAAGACCCCCAGGGAAAGGGAAAGGGCAGCGGAGGCAGCCUUUGUUCUCUCCCAACGCUGUUUCCUUCCUUCCUUCCUUCCUUCCUUCCUUCCUUCCUUCCUUCCUUCCUAAAUGGAGCAAUGCCAUCCCUGGGGGUCUGCUGAGCUUCUUGGCUCAUCAUGGCUUCUGCACCUUUGCUUGGUUUGUUU